AAGGAAGAUAAGAAGAAGAGACGAAGGAUAGGAAGGAAGGAAGGAAGAGAGAGAAAAACAAAAGAAGACAAAAAAAAAGAAAGAAAAAGAAGGAAGUAAAGAAAAAGGCAUCUUUGUACCUCGUCGAGGCAUGCCGAGGAUCCGUACGAGGACCACCAUCGAGGAUCGCGCGUAAAAGCUCGACAGGAAACGAGAGAGAGAGGGUAGACGCGCUCGAAGAGCCAGGAGAGGACACGAUGCCAAGAAGUCAUAGUUCAUUUCCAAGAGUCGAAGCACUGUUGCUGCUAAGUCUCGCCAUGCUCCUCGUUCAACUCGACAUCUGUUGGUGUACGCUAUCCCAUAGAAGCAGACAUCAUGCUGAAUUAUCACACGAGGAGGUGAAAAAUUUUCGACAGGACGAACAACAUUAUCCAAGAGCGGAGGCAUUUAGUUCGAAUCCUAACGAUGAUCCAUUGAUCGUACAAACCAGAAAAGGCAAGGUCAAAGGAAAGACAUUAACGGCAACGACUGGAAAGGAGGUCGAUGCUUGGUUAGGCAUACCUUAUGCGCAAAAACCUUUGGGACCAUUAAGAUUUCGACAUCCAAGACCGGCCGAACGUUGGAACGGUGUUCUCAAUACGACAACUUUGCCAAACAGUUGCGUCCAAAUUCUCGACACGGUGUUUGGGGAUUUUUCAGGUGCCACCAUGUGGAAUCCAAACACACCGUUGAGCGAAGACUGUCUUUACGUUAACGUGGUAGCACCACGUCCAAGGCCUACUAACGCCGCUGUCAUGGUAUGGAUAUUUGGAGGUGGUUUCUAUUCCGGCACAGCUACGUUGGACGUUUACGAUCACAAAACGUUGGUCUCCGAGGAGAAUAUUAUUCUCGUAUCGAUGCAAUAUAGACUCGCGAGUUUAGGUUUCCUGUAUUUCGGGACAUCAGACGUACCAGGUAAUGCCGGUCUCUUUGAUCAAAUAAUGGCACUCCAAUGGAUACGUGACAAUAUCGGUGCAUUCGGUGGUAAUCCCGACAACAUAACGCUAUUUGGAGAAAGUGCAGGAGCCGUGUCCGUUUCGAUGCACCUUCUUUCGCCGUUGUCCAGGCACCUCUUCAAUCAGGCGAUAAUGCAAUCGGGUUCAGCGACAGCCCCCUGGGCUAUAAUCUCACGAGAGGAAUCGAUAGUACGAGGUAUCAGGUUAGCGGAAGCCGUUGGUUGUCCACACGAUCGGAAUAACUUGCAAGAGGUAAUCGAUUGCCUGAUCGUUAAGGAUUCAAAAGAUUUGGUUGAAAGCGAAUGGGGUACAUUGGGCAUAUGCGAAUUUCCAUUUGUACCUGUUAUCGACGGGACGUUUCUUGAUGAAACCCCACAACGUUCAUUGGCCAGUUCCUCAUUUAAAAAGGCCAAUAUCCUAAUGGGCUCUAACACCGAGGAAGGGAUUUACUUUAUCAUAUAUUAUCUUACCGAAUUAUUUCGAAUCGAUGGUACCGAGGAUGUUAAAGUUACUAGAGAACAAUUUGUCAACGCCGUCUCGGAAUUGAAUCCUUACGUUAAUCAAAUAGGACGUAAUGCUAUUAUAUACGAAUAUACGGAUUGGCUUCAUCCAGAGGAUCCCGACAUCAAUCGGGAUGCCAUUGAUAAGCUCGUAGGCGAUUAUCAAUUCACCUGCAACGUCAAUGAAUUUGCCGGCCGAUAUGCCGACACUGACAAUACCGUCUACAUGUACUACUACAAGCACAGAUCAGCGAACAAUCCUUGGCCAAAAUGGACUGGAGUAAUGCACGCCGACGAAAUUAAUUAUAUAUUCGGGGAACCAUUAGACACUACGAAAGGAUACACGCAAGAGGAGAUCUUACUUUCUAAAAGGAUGAUGAAGUACUGGGCCAAUUUUGCAAAAUCCGGAGAUCCAAACAUUGGUGAUUCGACCUCGUGGACGCUUCCUCAUUGGCCGACUCACACUGCCGUUAAGAAGGAAUAUCUCACUCUCGAUACAAACAAUUCCGAUGUUGGUUACGGAAUCAGAACGAGACAGUGCGCCUUUUGGAAAAGAUAUCUUCCACAAUUACUCGCGGAUACGUCGAAACUCGAGAUGCCACCGAAGGAUUGCAGCAGUGCCAGAGGGAAUCAUGAUCUUGGGAUGAAUGGUAUAAUAUUACAUUCCCACCUCAUUUUGGUAUUUGGUUUAACCCUUGGAACGAUUGCAUUAAUGCGAAUGAGGACGACGUUAGAACUUUCUGGUACCUACGAAGGAGCUCCUCGUCUAACGCACGUCGCACGAGCCGUCCUCACUCCUAUGGGAACUCCAAGUCGUUGAUCCAACAACUAAUAACAAUAACAACAACAAUAACAACAACAGCAAGAAGAAGUAGUCGAAUGGUAGUCGAGAAACGAGUACAUAAUAUAUAUAUAUCGAAAGAGAUCGAGCAAAUAAUCGUUGAAAUAAAACAAAACAAAACAAAACAAAAAAAAAAUAUAUAUAUAUAUAUAUACAUAUACCAAUGAUUCUGGUACGAUGAGGCAGGUAGCCGAGUUGACGUUGAUGAAAGAAAAAGGAGAAAAAAAAACGAGUAAAAAAAGAAACAAAACAAAAAAAAAAUGAUUAAAAAAAAAGGACAAAAAAACAAACAAAAAGAAAAGAAAAAGACAAAAAAAAGAAGAAGAAGAAGAAGAAGAAGAAGAAAUAGAAAAGAUAUGAAGAUAGGACGAGGAAAAUAGUGAAAGAUUAAAAAAAAAACAGACAUAUCAAUCGGUAACUCCCCUUUGUCAUAAAACAAGGGGGAUGAUGUUGUCAUAAAGUAAGGCUAUGAGACGAAGAUAAUCUCGUCGGGUACGAGAUAACGAAAGCCAAAAUCGACGACCAUCGAGAUAAUAAGAUGAUGAUGACGAUAACAACGAUGACGAUGAUGAUGACGAUGAUAAUGACGAUGAUGAUGACGAUGAUGAUGAUGAUGAUGAUGAUGAUGAUGAUGAUGAUAACGACGAUGAGG